GCCAUCUUCACUACCUUGCAACAUGGCGGGGAAACGACCUAUGCUGCACACAAGUCCGCGCAAGACUCGAGCAACCCAAGUAGAAGUGAUCGACCUCUGCAGCGAUUCUGAGGACGAAAAUGCGGCACCUCCAGCGAAGCGGGCACGUCUCGAAAGCCCUGUCGUCGUCGAGGAGUUCGUACAAGGAAGCUCGAGGGGGAAUGCUGCCUGCGCGCCGACGUACAUUGGAUCAGAUGAGGAACUGGCUCGACGGUUGGCCGCGGAGUGGGGCGAGAUAGAGGUUGAGGGGAAUGACCUUGAAAUGACCCCAUCUCAACAAACUCGAUUCGACUCGGACGAGGAACUAGCGCGUCGUCUGGCCGCGGAAGAGCUGAGCAAUAUAUAUGCAGCACCGCAGGAUAUUGAUGCCACAGUGGACGCGGAUGUUGGUACUUCGUCACGACCCCCUCGAGUAGAGACCAAGGAAAAGGACGUGCAGAGGACGGUUGGUGACACGGACGAUCCGGAAGAAGCAUUGCGAGUCUUUGCAGAUACAUUCACUCUUGCAAGGCCUUGCAGUCAGUGCGGAAAGGAUGUCCCUUCGCCCCGCGGCCAUCAGGUUGUUCUCAAUGGAGAUGCCAAUCUGCCCCCAAGCCUCGGGUUGCUGCUACACGCCCCCUGUUCGUCAUGCACCGCAAAUCACUGCCGGGGUUGCUUCACGACAGUAAAAUGUCCGAAGAAUUGCAAGGGACCAGCAAAGUCGACGACCUGCACCGUCCAUGUAUGCUGCCCGGACGUCCGCGUCAUAGCGCUGUUCGAAGCUUUGGGUAGCUUCGACCGUCAAAUACUCAACGAGCGAAGUGCAGCAGAGGCCAGGGCAGCCGAGGCAUCGAAAGGCAAGGGCAAACACGUGGGCUCAGUUGGUCCUGGAGGUACUGGCUACGGCACGGGUUCGCGCGGUGGCUACGACAGCUACAUGUCCUACGGCUUGCUCUCUACCCGCUACAGUCGAUACAACGCCCCGCAACCGCAGCGCCAAGAAAACAGGAAUCAGGCCCUCGCAAAGCAUUGGGACACCCUUACCGUCCGCGCCUUUCAAAUCAUCACGGACCUCCUUCCUGCGCCUUACUCCGCGGAACCUGCAGUAUAUGAUAUGCUCCCUCACGCAGCCACCGGCCAUCUCAUCGUUCUGUCCCUGCUUCCGGACGUACUAGCGUCUCUGCUGCGGAACGACUCUGUCACGGACUGGAUUUCUCGCGUCGAGACGUAUCGCGCGCUUCUAGCACUGCUCAAGCGUCUAGCGGACAGCGAACUCACAGCGCGCGUGCUAGUAGGGUCUCGCCGGGAGAUGCGACUGAGCUGCGGGAUAGAGCUAUGGAUGUGGAAGGACGGUGAGCUAUUAUGGGAGAAGAACGGCGACGACUUCUCGAUGCUGCCGCCUCUAUACGAGCAUUUCAAGAAGCUCGCCAAGCAAUGCUCCGCGUUCUCGACGGCGGUACAGCAGAAGAACGAGGAGCUGGACGACGACACCAUCGCAGCUGUAUCGUUGUGCGGCGACAUCAUGGCAGCGAAGGACGACGUCGAUCGUGUUAUGAAGAUGCUUGAAAACAGUGGCGCGAUGGUGAAGGAGAAGGCAUCAGCAUCGAAAGGGAAGGCACCGGAGAAUUCAAAGGACGCGGUCGAGCGCCGGUACAUCGAGAUAUGCGAAAGAUUGGCGUUCCGGCACAUCCCCCUCGACGACGCCAGCCGGGGGAUCAGCAGCCGUGAGGGACUCAACUACAGCAACUACAACUACAACCAGCAAGUCCAACAAACUCAGCGCUCCACCCGCCGGAGUGGCGACACCCUGCACAUCGCCCGGGAGCAAGCCGCGCUGUCGACCAGCCUUCCCCCGGGUAUCUUCGUGCGCGUCGACGAGACGCGGAACGAUGUUAUCAAAGCCAUGAUCGCUGGCCCGGACGGCACGCCGUACGCCGGUGGGCUGUAUGAGUUUGACAUCUUCUUGCCCCUUGAAUAUCCCAGGGCGCCCCCGCUGGUCCAUCUUCGGACGACAGGUGGCGGGAAGGUGAGGUUUAACCCGAACUUGUACGAGAGCGGGAAGGUGUGCCUGUCCCUUUUGGGGACUUGGCCCGGUUCGGCGGAAGAGCAAUGGCAGCCGUACAAGUCAACCCUCUUGCAAGUCUUUAUCAGCAUACAGAGCAUGAUCCUCAUCGAUGUACCCUACUUCAACGAACCAGGAAUGGGUGCCGCCAACCCUCGCAAUCAGCGGAGCAUCAUGUAUAAUCGCAACGUCAACGUCGAGAACACGCGCCUGGCGAUUGUCGGCUGGAUGAAGAACGAACAUCGAUAUGGAAUAUGGCGGGAUGUUAUCAAGUCACACUUUCUGACCCGCAGGGACAUCAUCUAUAAGCAAAUCAAGGAGUGGGCUGCCGCUGAGCCACGAAUGAAAGCAUACAGUCCCCAGUAUUCGAUGGACAGCCUCAUGCUUGCGUAUCCGUACCCCACCUACUCUUACUCAGGGCACAGGCGGCAAGCGAAUGAGGUGCGCCAGGGUGGGCUCAAUCUGGUCGCCGAGUUUGAACGAGCGGUGGGAGAUCUGACAUCUUGGGAGACCGACCAAGAUGGUGAUGAUGACUGAGAGUCUUCCCCGUUCGGCGCACCUGCUCGCUUCUCUCGCGCCACCACAUCUCUCCAUCUCCUGGUCAGAUCCCCGUGCAGGCUUGCUCCCACCUACCGAACAACAGACCUACCUUUACAUAACGGCCCAAUGAUCAUGCUUGUCCUUGUCCA